GUCACCCUGAGUAAGUGUGAGAGUGAAUGCUCUCUGUUUCUGCAGUGUUGAUUCAUGGACUGUUGACUGUUGAGCGAGUGAGUCGCACCAAGUACGACCAACGAAGGACCAACGAAGGUGGAGCAGGACUAGGAGGAGGUACAGGAGGUGGUACAGGAGGUGGACCCACAGACCUGGCUGGACCCGGGUUAGCAGACGCGCACAGUGACCCACCCAGGUGCGCCCCACAGCCUGAUACCGCGACCCUCCCGUUACCCUCUCCCGUGGCGGAACCAGAGCCCCGGAUCAGUAUUUUCAGCACAGCGGGUGGGCGUGGAGGGGGCUCUGGAUGUUUGAACGCGUGCUUCCGCUUCACAUCAGGAGAUUAGCCGCCGCAGGCCGUGGGGCUCCGCCCACCGGGUGCCGCCAGCCGGAGGCCGCCGUCCUGGAUGGCGUGGUAGACGGGCCAUCCGGGUCGGAGGCCGUGGUGGAAUUGCGCGUGGUGCAAGCGUCCACGGGCUCAGAAGCCGUGGUGGUGUGGGACGCGGCCUUGGUCUUGGCCUAUUACCUGGAACACCGACAGGAGGCCCUGCGACUGGAUCAGGGGCCGCAAACCGUGCUGGAAUUAGGAUCGGGCACGGGCGCCGUCGGGCUAGUGGCCGCCGCUUUAGGAGCCCGAACCGUGCUGACGGACUUGCCGGAGGUCUUGCCCUUGUUGGAGCGUAACAUCGACCUCAAUCGGCGUGUUUUGGACGGACCAGCCCAAGCCCGGGCCUUGCCUUGGGGCCACGACCAUUUGGAUCGAGUCUCGGAUCUGUUGGACCCAGGCGUGGAUUAUAUCUUGGUGUCGGAUUGCGUCUACUACGAAGCCGCUUUGGAGCCGCUCAUCGAUACGUUGGUGGCCUUGAGUCGGGCCCAAACCCGCGUGUUGGUGUCUUACGAGGAGCGAACCUCGCCCACCCAAGUGGCCGUUCAGCGUCGCUUUCGGGAGUUGGUGGAGCGCCAUUUCCGGAUCCACCCGGUGCCGCCGGCGGAAUGCCAUCCCGACUACGCGUGUCCCGAGAUUAAGCUGUGGACCCUCGAAAAGCGACCGUCCCUCUCAGUAUGAAUCGACAUGACGGGAGCGCCGGCCCCCCCGUGGCUACCUUGCCCGUCUCGACCGGCUCGCCGUACGCCUUGAGUCCGCAGGCGCCGAGUCUCUAUACCUCCCGUCCGAUGCACCCCUUGCGUCACAAACCCGUGUACGAGAUC